AUGGAUACAGAGGUCUCAGGCCAGGAACACAGUCCCCAAGAGCUGGAUUUAGAUGAAAUUACUAGGAAAAUUUUAUUUCUUGACAAAUGGAGGGGAAUCUUCAGUUAUCCCAGGUUGGGAACCCAUAACACAACUCUUCAGAAUCAGAGUGGCAGCCAUAUAUCUGCUGAUGAAACUGAAGAUGAACCCCAAAGGCCUCAGCCCAAAGGACAAGGACACUUGCCAUCCAGUACCCUUUGUUCUAUCCCCAAACCGUCUAUCAUCUCUUCAAAACUGGACAGCUUUCCUAUCUCUCCAGCAAUGGCUACAAUGCUGAGACACAGCCUCUUUGGAAACACUGUCCCUGUCCUCAGCAGUGACUGGAGAAAGGCACAUUUCAAGUUUCACGCUCCUUUCUCUGACCUGGCUUUUGCUUUAGAAGUAGAAAAGGGAGGUGCCCAAGGCAUUCAAAUGGCUAUACAAGGAUUUAUCAUCAAAAACUUGUUGUUCACUAGGAAGGGAAAAGACUCUGACUUUCACAGUUUAUGUAACCUGAGCCAGCGGGAGCAGGAGCAUGUGCUAGCUGCAGUGCUGGCUGAUCUCCUCUGGGCAGCAGGAGCAGCUCAGAAGGCCACCAUCUGUCUCAUCACCAGAGAUACUCACAGCACCUCAACUGUUGACCACUCCAGGAAUGAUUUCAUUGAGAGGCUCCAGCUGUUUGAACUUUCAGAGAAAGAAGCUACUGAGAAAUUCAUCUAUGAUCAUUUACGAUGUUUCAAAGGGGAAGGAAGCCAUGGUGUCCUCCUGUUCCUCUACAGCCUGAUCUUCUCCAGAACAUUUGAGAGGCUGCAGAGUGACCUGGAUAUCACCACCACUCAUCUCUUGCAACCCCAUGCUGGAGGCAUCCUGUGCAGACAGGCGGUUCUAAACCUGAUUUUGACUGGGAGAGCAAGUCCAAAUGUCUUCAAUGGUUGUGAGAACGGAAAGUUUCAGGAAACGUUACAUGGAGUCCUGACCCGCAGUGAAGUUGGCUAUUUGCAGUGGAGUAAGGUUGCUUCUGAGGGUGUCCAACUCUCACAGGUGGGCAGCAUGCUGAAGACUCCCAGAUUUCCUGUUUGGCUGUGCAACAUCAAUGGAAAUUACAGCAUCCUUUUUUGCACAAACAGGCAGCUCUUAUCAGACUGGAAGAUGGAGCGUCUCUUUGAUCUACACUUUCAUAGUGGCCAGCCCUCACAGAAAAGGCCUGUACAUCUUACUGUGGAUACUCACUCCCAUCACUGGGAAGGAGACCACCAUGAAGAUAAACAUGGACCAGGACGACAGUUUUCUCCGGUGGAGAUGGCAAUCAGAACCAAGUGGAGAGAUGCUACCGUCAAAUGGAAUGGGACUGUUCCCUUUUUCUAA